AUGAGACCUCAACCUUCCUCUAACCUCCUCUUCCAACUGAUAUCGCCGUACAACACUCACCUCUGCAGCGAUCAACACAGCCUACUCCUUCUACGAACAUGCUCUCCCUCUCCCUCUCCCUCUCCCACAACUUUCUCCAUCUUACCAACAGCCAAAAGCAACUUCUCCACCACCCGCGCCAUCCCAUUUAGCAACGACAGCGGUUCCCUGCAGGCUCCCACAAACAAUCAAACACAGAGGAAACAUUUCAAGGACGAUACCAAAGGCAACGCGGAAAUCCCGACAGUUAGCUUGGAAGGGUUAGGGUUGAGCCGGAACAUGAAGAUGGUGGUGAGAGCGAUGACUGGGGUGAUCGGGACGACGGAGACUUUGUUCUGGUGUAGAUCGGCCUGGAGAUAG